GCAGACUGAGGUAGNAAAAAAAGAGAAUGUGACAGAAAUUCCAGAAUUGCACAAUCCGACUGUUUAAAUAUGGAAAGAGUAGGAGAAACAUCACAGUCUGUUGAACUUGACCUAAAGACAAGAUAUAAAUGUUGGCUUCCAGCUGCUUGUUUGCCUCUGAACUUUUACAGUUCCUGCAGCAGGGAAUUAAAUCUUCUCUGAAGUAUUACAGAUAGAAAACUCUGCACUCAUGAAUAUGAAUUCACUUAAAGGUGAACAUGUCCACAAACGGAACGCAGUGUGUAUUUUGGGGACUGGAGAUUUUGGCAGGUCCCUGGGUAUGAGGCUGAUCAAGGCUGGAUAUCCCGUGAUAUUCGGCAGCCGAAACCCCAAGAACUCUGCCCUGCUGCCUGGAGGAGCUGAGGUGUUCACACACGCUGAUGCUCUGAAAAGAUCCCAGAUCAUCUUCUUGGCUGUUCACAGGGAAAAUUAUGACUUCCUCCAACCUCUGUGUGAUUUGUUUGAUGGUAAAGUGCUGGUGGAUGUGAGCAACAACCUGAAAAUAAACCAGUACCGAGAGUCUAAUGCAGCGUAUCUGUCUCAGCUGGUUCCCAAAGCCAUUGUGGUGAAGGGCUUUAACACCGUUUCAGCCUGGGCCCUGCAAUCAGGGAACCUGGACGCAAACAGUCAGGUCUUUGUCUGUGGAGAGGAUGGUGAAGCCAAACAUUUGGUGAUGGACAUUGCCAGGAGUAUUGGCCUCACUCCUUUAGACCAGGGAUCUCUGUUAGCAGCCAAUGAAGUGGAAAACUACCCUCUGCAGCUCUUCCCAAUGUGGAGGCUUCCAUUUAUCAUAACGGCUGGCCUCACCGUUUUGAUCUACUUGUACUGUUUGGUGACUGAUGUAAUCAAUCCGUAUGUAACAAAACAAGUUGAUGAUUCUUACCGGAUUGUUGUCUCCAUUCCCAACCGUGUUUUCCCAAUUGUCUCUCUCAUCCUCCUGGGCUUGGUUUACCUGCCAGGUGUGAUGGCUGCAUUCCUUCAACUCUACAGAGGCACAAAGUACAAGCGUUUCCCAAACUGGCUGGACAGGUGGAUGUUGUGUCGAAAACAGCUGGGGCUUGUAGCCCUAGCCUUCGCCUUCCUUCAUGUUUUCUACACGCUAAUCAUACCAAUUCGAUACUCAGUUCGAUGGAAAUGGAUGCAAUAUACAAUCAAAGAGUCAAAAAAGAAUCAAACAGCAGAGUACAACCAAUGGUGGUUCUGGAGUGUUGACCUGUACCUUGCAAUGGGAAUCGUGGGCUUUGGUCUUUUUGUUUUACUCGGGAUUACGUCUCUUCCAUCAGUUAGCAAUGCUGUAAACUGGAGAGAGUUCCAGUUUGUGCAGUCCAAACUCGGCCAUGUCACCCUGCUGCUGUGCACUGCUCAUGUUUUUGUUUACGGCUCGAAUAGAUUUCUGGACAUUUCAAGGUACAAGUGGGGUCUUCCUCUGCCGUAUAUGCUUUCAUUGGUGAUUCCCUGCAUUGUGCUGGUUCUGAAGUUGAUUCUCAUUACUCCGUGUGUGGACAGUAAGAUCACCAGGAUCCGGCAGGGUUGGGAGAGGAACUCAAAGAGCGAAUCAACAGAAGCAUUAACCAACUCUGCACCAGUCAUUUGAAAAGAUGUCUAAGUCAUUAAUCUGUAGUUGCUCGUAACAGAUGAAGAAUAUUUUGAGUACCACAGAUCUGUUUAGUCGCCGAUAUGCUGUAAAGUAACUGAGAACUUAGAAGUUAUUGCUGCUUUUGGUAGCUUAAUUAUCUUGAUUCUGAUUUGUUAUGGAAAAGCUUGUCCAUUUCUGCUGGUAAAGACUGAAAGUUCUUCAAAGAAUCAGUUGCCCUAUACCUACAGUAAAUAAUAUUUGCUUUUUUAAUGUUUGCUAUUCUACAUCCUACAUUUUGUUCUGAAGAAUUAGCCUUUAGGUGUCAGGAAUGAACAUUUGAAGUUAUCUUUGGCCAAUUAUUCACCAUCUUGAAAAUCUUUGAUGUUUGAUGAUACACCUCCUCAGGAAAUAGUGAACUAAUAAGGUCACGUGACCUUUGAUCAUCCUGUGGACAAGGUGUGGGCUUGUGUGGAGGAUAAACACUAGUAUGGACUAGUUGGGCCUGUUUCUAUAUUGUAUAGUUUUAUGUAAUUGUAUGUAAUAAAGUUAAUUUUGGUUUUAAAAUAC